AUGAACGAAGCUCAUUCAGCUUCGGAUGUUCUGUUCAAUGCAGUUACAUCCUUAAUAAAUUCCGAUGAUGUGCAACAAAUAAUCGUUGAUCAAGAAAUGAUGCUUAACAAGUUUGAGAAGACCAAUGAAAUGCUACGUACUGUUUCCGAGCUUUCUGUUCAUCGAUAUAAAAUUUUAUCUGCGGAGUUACUUGCUCAUUCUCAAAAACUAACAAUCAUUCGCAAGGAUUUGAAUGGCAUUUUCAAACGAAUUCGCACCUUACGCGCUCAACUAGAUUCAAAGUUUCCUCUCGAAAUGCAACAAGUGUCUGAGCAUCUGACAUUCCCCGAAGACAGUGAUGAAGAAGGCACAACUGGUAUGCCAAUGGAUGUCAAUGCGGGUUUGACGUUGACCGCGUUUGCGCACUUGUUGAUUUUCGACUUGUUGUACAUAAUCGUGGCCUUGACUAGUUUGUGGGCAAAAAGAAAACACGCCUCGCUGGAUGGUUACACACUUGGGUAUGAACGAUUCGAAGUGGUUGCCGUCUUCUCUGCCACAAUUUUAGCCAUCGCUUCAUCGUUUUUCGAAAUAAAGGAAGCCGUGGAGCGCUUUUUCGAGCCUUCGCAUGUUCAGAUCCAUUAUCUCCUGGCUGCAUCUCUAGUAGCCCUGAUCGUGCAUAUUGUGGCUAUAUAUGGAGUUGAAAAUCCGGCAUUUAGCCACGUGAUUUUGGCCAGUGGUUCCAGUUGGCUCCAGGAGCACACCACCGAUAUCAGCCGCACGCUUUGUCGCAUUGUGCCCGGUUUGGCACGCAUCUUGUUACCCCGCGUGAAUCCGUUCGCCCUGGUCGGUGUGUCUGCUGCCAGUGUGGUUGCAGCUGUGUAUUGGGUGAUGCGUGCUUCACAGAAUUCAGAAGCGAUUCACACGCAUCACGAACAUUCAGCGCCCCACGAACACGCACCCGAUCCACUGCCGGACACCAUCGGUGGUAUGGUUAUCUCACUGAUGUUGUUCGGCACGAUGGUGCCCAUGAUGUUGUACAGUUAUCCACAAUUGAUCCGCUCAAAGAAAACCCUGUUUGAGUUCCUCUCUUUGCCUUUCGUUUUCACACCUAGUGGUCGGAUUCUCCUGCAAACAGUUCCAGCCCAUUUGGUUGGUCCGUUGGACAAGGCAUUUCGUGAAGCGUCCACUGUAGACGGUGUUUUAGAAUUGCGCAACGAACACGUAUGGUCGGUCGGUUUUGGGAAUCUUGCUGGAAGUCUCUAUGUCCGGGUGCGGCGUGAUGCGAACGAGCAGCUUGUGCUUGCCCAUGUGCAUAAUCGCUUGAGCAGCUUGGUGAAGUAUCUAACCGUACAGGUACGUCUACUUUGA